CACAAACUACUUGUCUAUUAAAGAUAUAGCCUUUUAAGUUUGGUGCAUUUUACCAGCCAUCUGGGAACAGGGGCUAGAUCAAAAAAGCUACUCAGUACUUGGGGAUAAGUGCAACAUCCUGUUUGUUCUAGAUGUAAAUGACUAUUGUCAGGGCUUAGGUAUAUAAUGAUGUAUACUGCCAAAAAUGCAACAGCAAAUACAACAUUAACACUAGAUAAACUGCUUUCAAAUUGUUCAGUAACCCUCAUGCAUUUUUUAAAAACACUGCCACUGCUUAAAAAUGAUCUAUGACUGAAAUUGUGGAGAGCUUACAGGACGCUGUAUAAUAUUGCAGUUUUAUUUCGAUUAAACAAAUGAAAAUGCACUGAGAUUUGUAGCAAGUUGUGUAAUGAGGUUAAUAUGCCUGUGUGAUUUACACAAAUUACAAUUGUUCAAUUAUGACACUGGGGAUAACACUUUUAGCAUUAACUUUGGUCUCAGAGAUUUUUUUCAUUGCAGUUUUAUUAAAGAGAUUGAUCAUUUUAAGAGGUAUGGCUAUGUUUUAUGCUAAUUGUAUCAAGACUUUUCCAGAGAAAGUAUUAUUAGGUGUCUGUCAUUCUUUCUCCUAUAUAUUAUUGAUGCCCAUAUUCACUCUGGUAGAUACAUGUUUACAAAUGAGCAGAAAUCUUAAAUUUGGUAACCAGCUCCAGUGGACUAAAUCCUUACGAGAUGUAUAUUUUCCAUAUAUGGUUGGUGAUACAUGUGAUGGCGAAGGGCAGUAGAGAAUGCCCCACAUAGGAAGAAGGUGUCUGCAAAAAUGCCCAUUCUGAUGACUUUUGACCACAUGAGUUUCCAUGUUGGGGAUAACCUAGACAAAUAACAUUAAUGUAGCAACCCCCCUUUGGUCCACUAGAGCUUGGAUGGCCCCUAUUAAAUGAACACCAAUCAAACAAUUUAGCAUUGGUUCAGAAUAGCCCUAAAAGAAAAGCAUCUCAACAUCCGACAAUAAUAAAUGGUAUGGGCCUGGGUCUUUGCCUUGGCCGUUUACAUCCAUUUCUCUUGUAUUGUUUCAAUGUUGAGGGUCAUACUCUUUGUCCUAUCCAGCUGUGACAGAUGCUGGAAAAGUGGGAGACAGGCUAUCCCAAGACUACUUCUGGGAAGAAUACCAAUGCUAUUGGUACCUACCAGAAACCAUAUGUUGCCCUUAUUGAUGAAAUUACAAUGGGAGGUGGUGUCGGCCUGUCUGUAUAUGGACGCUUCAGAGGUGCUACAGAAAAGACGGUGUUCGCCAUGCCGGAGACGGGAAUAGGAUUGAAAGGCUGGUCUGAAGUUCAGUACUUAAUCUCUUGGUCCUUUAGUGAACGUGAACGGUGGGGGACAAUGGCACUGGCUGCAAUCAAGCAGGCAUCAUAACCUCCCACUACAGCUGUGCAAGAGAGUCCCUGCCAAGAUUACUGUGGCCGGAAGAGCCUGCCUGUGUGCAGUCAGCCUGGCCGCUACAGCUGUUGGGGUGGGAGGAAGACCUCCCACAGUGGCCCCCACCCUUGGCCCAUUGGUGCCCCUGUUGCUGGACCGGGACUGUGAAGCAGGACUUUGGGACUAAGGGGGGAGGUGGCCGUUGGGACAGGUGUGCUUUGCACAAGGGGAGGGGGAAUAUGUGACAGGGCUAGGAGUG